CAGGCUUUCACUUGAAUCCAGCGUCUUCCGCGUCGUUCUCCAUUAUCGGGGAAAGAUUCUGUGACCUGGAAAGAGCCGAAGCAAACCCACCACUCAACCAAUGGCAGAAAAUUUUGCAAGGCUCUUAGCGGAGCGAUAUCCCGUCUACAAGGCUCAAUAUCCUGGACAAGGAAGGAGAUGGCGCCAGCAGCGUAUCCUCCAGGAAUUCUGGGAGAACCCGACCCCAGUAUUCGAUGUGUCUAUGAGCCCUACGAACACUGAGGAUUUCUCUGAAGAUCCGGAUCCCUACGACUUUGCAGUCGAAGACGGCCCUGAAUCGGGCGUACUGGUCCGCACCGACUUCAGCGACGAUGCUGCUUUUCAGUCUUUCUGCACAGAGCUGAAGCAGGUCGAGCGCGAGUUCCUGGACACCUUGAGGCCCGACGAGCAAGCUGCUGGCACUUCGGCGGAAGCUGCUGCUCAGAACGAACCGUCGCAAAACGCUGAGGAUGACAACUCCUCCGACGAGGAAGGCGAAUGCGGCCUACCCAGCGCCAUCAUCCGCAUCGUCGACCCAUCGACGCACCCUGGCGUCGUCGUCCCUCGCGAGGUCUUCAAAGACAUCACCAACCUCACCGCCCUGCGCAUGUUCAACGAGCCAAGCGUGCGCUCUGCGCCAGCAGUCCCCGCAGGCAGUCGCCGCAUCGCCCAGCCGCACCGUCUCAUCGACCACGCGCAGCUGCAGGAGGUGUACUCGGGCAUGACGAUCUGGAUCUACGAUCGGCAGAGCAACACGGAUCGGUGCGCACGGCUUGUCAGCCAGCAGGGGGACGCGUAUGGGACUGCGACCGGCGAUAGCUGGCGCGCCAGAGUCUCGCAUAUUCCCGAACUCCAGUUCAACAUGUCAUAUAUGGGGAUGCAGAUCAACUUUGGAGGGGAGGAUAGGUACGACUACUCGGAAAGAAAGAGAAAUCUGGAGGACGCGGAGAAUAUUCCACCCUCAACGGCAUAGUGCUUCGACCCUCUGUAUGGCUAAAUCCUUGCGGUGUCCGUCGAUAUGACGCCCCUCCGUUCACCAGUCUGUUGACUAAGCGCGAAGAUGAUGACGGCUUAGACCGUUCUGCCUGG